AUGAAGUCGCCUCAGAGAACAUCUUGGUCGAGGCACCUUGCCUCAUGGGCCAUUGCCCUCUGUCUGACAGCCACUGUUCGAGCCUCAAACCAAUGUGCGCCGUCGAUAUGGCAGCCGGGGCAAUUUGAAGAUGGGCUGUUUGUAGCUGCCGCCAUUCCCACUCCCACUUCUUCGUUCUCGUCCGGCGCAAGUACGGCCGCCUCCAGCUCUGUGGGCACCACGUCUUCCCCCGUGCCGGUGGUGAUAAGUCCUGUAGUCUCCGGCGGGAACAUCACUACGGGCACGGUGAACUGCCGGUACGCGGGCACCACGGAAGGCAUGGACAUUAACUACUACACCUGCAGCGCGUUGGCAGCCCAGUACGGAAUCAGCGUCGAGACGUUCUUCAUGCUGAAUCCCGAUGUGAAUCCUGACUGUGGGAAUAUUAAAGCUGACACGGAUUAUUGUGUGGCUGGUUUCGUUGAGCCGGCAAGAGCUACAGCCGGACUCUGUGGCCCUCCGAAUGGCAACGCGACUUGUCUUGGAACAGAAUUCCAGUGCUGCAAUGCAAACACGUUCAAAUGCGGCAACUCUACAGAAGACUGCGCAGACGGAACUUGCUACGAAGGCGCUUGCGCAGGAGACUCCGUCUUCACCACCACCGGCGAGUGCGGCCACCAGCACGGCUACAAGCAGUGCGCCGGAGUCUGGGGCGACUGCUGUAACGCGGACGGGAAGUGCGGCACCGGCGAGUCCUUUUGCGGAUACGGCGUGUGCCAGCUUGGGAACUGCACGGUUCCGAGCCAGCCCACGGGCCCGCCUUCGUGGUUGAACGGCAACACGACGGACGGAACCUGCGGCGGAACAAACCACUACACCUGCAGCGUAGUCUAUGGGAACUGCUGCAACAAGGAUGGCAUAUGCGGCUCAUUGGCUUCAGAUUGUGGGGAGGGAUGCCAACCUCAGUUUGGAAAUUGUACCACUCCGAACACGGGCUCUUCAUCUACGAGCUCUUCAUCCAAGGCGUCCUCAUCCAAGACCUCCUCCUCAUCCAAGGUCUCCUCCUCAUCCACCAAAGUGACAACGAGCGGACACACGACCACAGUCAGCUCAAAAUCAUCAACUCCCUCUUCCAAACCGGCAAGUACCCAUGCAACUACCACCACGUCGGCGAAGCCCCCCAACACCUCCAUCCCUGGCGAAGCUGCUUUGCCUUCGUGCGGCCAGCUUUGCUUCAACAACAUGCUCGCUCAGUACUCUUCUCUCGGAUGUAACGCACUAGACGCCUACUGCCUAUGCAACAACGUCGACUUUAGCAAUGGCCUUCGUGACUGUUCAAACGGUGCCUGCGGAACAGCUGUUGCUUCGACAGUUAUUGCCUUUGGGAGUGCGUAUUGCUCUACUGCAUUUGCUACUCAUAAACCAACAACCACUGGCGAAGCUGCUUUGCCUUCCUGUGGUCAGACGUGUUUUAACAACAUGCUGGCUCAGUACUCGCAGCUGGGCUGCCCCAGUCCUCAGGAUUCUUACUGCCUAUGCAACAAUGUCGACUUUAGCAACGGCCUCCGCGACUGUUCAAAUGGCGCUUGCGGAACAGCCGUUGCUUCAACAGUGAUUGCCUUUGGGAGUGCAUACUGCUCUACCGCAUCAGCGACUCACACAGCCGCUGUCACCGGCGUUGGCUCCCUGCCCGCCUGUGGUCAGACCUGCUUUAACAACAUGCUGGCUCAGUACUCGCAACUUGGUUGCGCGAGCCCGGAUCCCAAGUGCCUUUGCAAGAAUGUCAACUUUGGAUACGGGCUGAGGGACUGCUCAAACGGAGCAUGUGGCACCGCUGUUGCUUCAACAGUGAUUGCGUUUGGAAGCUCGUAUUGUGCGUCUGCGACAGCGUCCCCUUAA